AUGACCCCUGUGCGGAAGGUGGUGCGGUACGUUGGCAACGCUGGGUCAGUGCACCAUGGCGAGAGAACGCAUGUUUGUGAGGUCUGCGGAAGGGCUUUCACGCGAGGCGACAACCUCAAGCAGCACAUGCGGCAGGUACAUGCGGAAACUGUCAGCCAGGAGAUGGCAGUCGGAACGGCGUAUCAGACGUUGCAGGUCGAGGAAGCUGUCCGCGCUCAGCAAAUGCGAUCGCUCUUUGGUCAGGAAAGAGCGGACGAGAUGGCGUAUCGAGCUGGGCCCGCUGAAGAGGAUGCCCGCGCUCAGCAAGUGCAGAUGUACGAGAACCAUCAGAAUCUUGAAGAUAUGGGUAAGCUGUGA